UAAAAUUUCUACACAUCUUUCAUCAUGGAAAAUCACAAGACACCCUUUUCCCUAUGUCUUGAUACCAAGGAUGUUGUGAUUGUUAAACCCUCCAAACCCACACCUUCUGAAAUUCUUUCACUCUCUACCAUUGACAAUGAUCCUAACAUCAACAUUCUUUGCCAAACAAUUUAUGUCUACAAAGCAAAUCAUGAUCUCACAAAUGACCAAAAAGACCCUGCUUGUGUAAUCAAAGAAGCACUCUCAAAGGCUUUAGUUUACUAUUAUCCUCUUGCAGGCAAGAUAACAACACUUGAUGAUGGAAAACUUGGAAUCAACUGCAACGGCGACGGAGUUCCAUUCUUAGAAUCAAAUGCUAAUUGUGAACUCUCUUCUCUUCAUUAUCUUGAAGGGAUUGAUGUUCCAACAGCACAAAAACUUGUGUUUGAUAAUCCUUCACAAGACCAAACAAGUCCUCAUCCUUUGGUUUUUAAGGUUACAAAGUUUCUUUGUGGUGGUUUCACAAUUGGAAUGGGAUUGUCACAUAGUGUUUGUGAUGGUUUUGGUGCAUCAAAAUUCUAUAGAGCACUUGUUGAAUUUGCAAGUGGAAAAAAUGAACCUUCUUUGAAACCUGUUUGGGAGAGAGAGAGAUUAAUAGGAAAAAGUUAUCUUAAGGAAGAAGAAACAUUCAAAUUUCUUAUAGAUAAAACUUCAUUAGCAACUUCACCUUUUUUACCAACAAAAGAAAUUUCACAUGAAUGUUUUAAUUUAAAUGGUGACACUAUAAAAAUGCUAAAAAUGAAACUAAUGAAAGAAAGUGGUGAUGAUAAUAAUGUGAUGAAGGAAAGUUUCACAACACUUGAAACACUUGGUGCAUAUGUUUGGAGAUCAAAAGUUAGAGCUUUGAAAUUGAACAAAGAUGGAAAAACUAUGUUUUGUUUAGCAAUAGGUGUGAGAAAAGUAUUAGAUCCACCUUUGCAUGAAGGGUAUUAUGGUAAUGCUUUUGUAGCUUCAAAUGUUGUGUUAAAAGUGAAAGACCUUAAUGAAAAACCACUUUUUGAAGUUGUGAAGCUUAUCAAAGAGAGUAAGAAACUUGCUUUAAAUAAUGAAUAUAUAAGAAAUUCAAUUAACAUGUUGGAGACAAUGAGGAAAGGGAAGAUUAAGAUUGAAGGAACAGGUGCAUCAUUGGUUUUAACUGAUUGGAGACAACUUGGUUUGUUACAAGAAGUUGAUUUUGGAUGGAAGAGUUCAGUUAAUAUUGUGCCUGUUCCUUGGAACAUGUUUGGUUUUGUGGAUUUGUGUCUUUUUUUGCCGCCAAGUAACUUGAAUCCUUCAAUGAAAGGUGGAGUUAGGAUCUUUGUGUCACUUCCAAAAGAUUCAAUGGCUAAGUUCAAGGAGGAGAUGGAGUUCCUUAAGGUCAUGAAAGUUGAUGAAGAUAUAUAGGGAAUUGGAUUUCCCAUCAUCUAAUCUGAAUAGACGGUUCAGAUUGUUUUACUAUGUAAGUGAUCUAUACCAUUCGAUCUCAAAUCAACAGCCCGGAGUUAUCACCGCGUGUAACUGCUUGAAUAAUGGACAGCAGGAAAUCCUGGUCCGAUAUAUAAAACCUAGCUUUAAAAGAAAUGUUGGAUUUUAAAAUGUCAAGUUUGUUUCUUCUUUCUAGUCUUUUUUUUUUCUUUAUUUCUUACAAGUCUGUCUAAGUAUGCUAUUUUUAUUUUCAUUAAGUUAUGAGCCUUCUUAUUUGUAAUAUUUGCACAUUUUAUCUAGCAAAAUGUCUUUGUUAUUUUUUAAAGUAAUGAUAUUAUUUGUGCGAAGUAUUCACACUUUUGUCAAUAAUUAAUAUCUGCCGAGAAAUUUGGCAAACAACCUUUUAUUAAAAGUCUCUCAUUCCAUCCACAUUUUUUUUCUUCUCGACAAGUCUUGAAUCCGAUACUUUGCUUAAGGAAUCAUGUUCAGCUGCGCUCAAAUCAAUGUAAUUUAAAGAGUAAACUCUAAGAAUUUUCACCAAAUACAUUAUAUCUUUAAAAAUCUAAAACAUAGUAGUAUGUGUUUUUGUUCUUAUAAACUAAAGUGAUCCAAGAAAAUAAUUUCAUAAUUG